AUGGCAAUUGCAGAUAUCAUUCACAAAACAAUCACUGGUACAUUGGUGUUGGUCACUGUUGUUGGUAUUGGAUAUAUUGGUAUUGGUACUGCCGAUGUCAUGGAAAGAAGAAAGAAACGUGCUGAACUACAAGAGAAACAAGUAAAUGAAUUUUUUGAUCAACAAAUAAAGUUAAAACAACAACAACAAGCAGCAAAGAAACAAGAAGAAGAUGAUUAA